CUUCCCCACUUCAAGUCUGCGAGACGUACAAGCUAGCUUUCUCGAUCUCGACCCGAUUCGAUGUAACCUGCGACUCUCACUUCACCCAUCACCAUGGUGUCGCUCGCCUCUACCAACCGAGCCCCCGGCGUCAUCGCCCCCAGCGUCGGUAGCAGCCUCAAGCGCAAACUAGACUCGAGUCCCGACAGCAAGCAGCAGCUCGCCAGCCAAGCAAAGCGCCGCCGAGUGACUUUCGACCCCGAGAUUGACAUUCAUAUCCUCGCCGACCCGAACGAGAAGAGUCUGGAGCUUGUGGGUGAAGAGGUCAGCCGUGCUCUGGACAAGCAUGCUGCCGGUGACGCGACCGGUUACGACGUGCUGCGAGGCUUGUUCUCCGCAAGACCCACGUCUUCGGAUGCACCCUCCAGUGGGCUGCUGCAGAAAUACGUUAUCGCCCUCACAAACAAUGUCUAUCUCCUCAAGGAAAGCCGCGGCCUGGUACACGCGGUUCUCGACUGUCACUGGGUCGCACGGAACGAGCACUUUGUGCAGUCAUAUCGAAGGCUGCUGAGGUCUCUUCUGGACGUUGCUCCCCCGUUCACUUCCACCGUUCUCGGCAUGCUGGUGAACAUGUUUGUGGAGACGCCGUCGCCCAGGAUGCGGCAGGAAGACGACCCCACCGUCGAGCGGGCACAGCUAUUGAGUCGGGUGCACGACACUUUGAAAUACAUUGUCAAAGGCAGUCCGAUGGCAAGCACAUACCUCCAACCCGUCCUCGCCUCCACGUUCCCGUUCCCGACCGAUACCUCGAAAGCACACACAGACUACAUCAGCAACAUAUUGAAAGUUGCGGAGUACUGCCCUGAGCUCAAGGGCGCCAUACUAUCGCUUAUCAUGGAUAAGCUCGUAAAGAUUGAUGUGCAGAUCCAAGUCGAUAUGGAGGAGCUGGACGAUGACCUGGAAGACCAGAUUAUCGAAGACUCGGUUCGUGAAGAUCUCGACGACGACGACUACGAUAGCGACAACGAGUCGGUAUCGAGCGAGGAAAGCCUGGACGAAGAGGAGCGCCGCGUGAAGGAGAUCAAAGAGUCGGUCACCAAGCUGGAUAACAUCAUGUUUCUCAUGUUCAAAUACUACGACUCCAUCUUCGAAAAGGGCAACCUCCAGCAAAUCGAUGAGACCUACCAAAGCCUCCUUUCGCAAUUCUCCCGCAUAAUACUACCUACCUACCGCUCCCGACAUACCCAAUUCCUCCUCUUCCACUUCACCCAAAUGAAGCACGACCUCAUCGACCGCUUCGCCGGCUGCUGCUCGCAACUCGCCUUCGACCAGUCCCGCCCGCAAAUUCUCCGCGUCGCCGCCGCCGCCUACCUCGCGUCCUUUAUUGCACGCGGCGCACACGUCCCCGGCUCCACCGUCCGCGACGUCUUCGACCUCCUCGGCCACCACCUCGAGACCCUCCGCAAGCAGCACGAGCCCGCCUGCACGGGCCCAGACCUCCGCCGCUACGGCACCUACUACGCCAUCGCCCAGGCGCUGCUCUAUGCCUUCUGCUUCCGCUGGCGCGACCUCAUCGUCACGCCUGACGGGCGGCCCCCCACUGAUGCCGACAUCGUCUACCACGAGGGCGACUUUCGCUGGUACGGCGGCGUCAAGGAGACUCUGUACAAAUCCGUCUUCUCCAAGCUCAACCCACUCAAGAUCUGCGCGCCCACCAUCGUCCACCAGUUCGCCCGCAUCGCGCACCACCUGCGCUUCAUGUACGUGGCCUCGCUGCUCGAGACGAACAAGCGGAUCCGGCUGUCCCGCGUGGUGGCGCUGGGCGCGCGCGAGACGGCGCUGACGAUGAAGAAGGGCGAGGAGGGGUUCUUGCUCGAUGCGUAUUUUCCGUUUGAUCCGUAUGUGCUGCCGCGGAGUAAGCGGUGGGUCGAGGGGGACUAUGUGAGCUGGAAGGCGAUUCCGGGGAUGGAGGUGCCGAAGGAAGAUGAUGACGAGGAGGAUAGCGAGGAGGAUGUGGAGGAAGAGGAGGGGGAUGAUGACGACGACGAUGAGAGUACCCUGGAUCUUCCCAUUGUGCAUGUGGAGGUGCAGGAGGAGGACCUUGAUGACGGGACGGAUGCGAGUUCGUCGUAGGCGGCUUUUCCUUCCCUUCCCUUUCCUUCCCUUCUCUUCUCAGUCCCUCGGCAUCUGUUCUUUUGGGCAUAUUUAGCAUUGCGAGGCGCUCUCGGGACAUUCAUCUACGGCAUGGGCGCAUCUCACACGGCGUCUACGAUGCACGUUGGCGUUCUAGCCGCACAUCACGGCGCUUACGAAACACGUUUAGGAUAUGACGGUAUAUGGGCAUCUAUCUGGACAAUGCAA